AUGCCAACUGCGUUGACUAAGGAGAGCGAUGUCGAUGUUCUGAUCGUCGGUGCCGGUCCUGCUGGGCUGAUGUGUGCGAUGGCCUUAGCUCGAGCCGGUGUGAACGUCCGCAUCAUUGACCAACGCCCGGCGAAAGUCGCUGCGGGGCAAGCGGAUGGUAUCCAGCCACGGAUAGUUGAAGUCUUCCAGAGUUACGGCUUCGCCGAUCGUCUCUUCAAAGAAGCGGUCCAAGUGCACAUGGCAGCGUUCUAUAACCCGGGACCAAAUGGUGGCAUCGAACGCACAGGUCGUGCACCUGAUGUUACUGCGCCUACGGCACGAUGGGCGUUUGAGAUGGCGCUGCAUCAAGGGGGCAUAGAACAGAUCUUCUUGGAUUCUAUGGCAUCGAACGGUGUGGAGGUAGAACGGCCUAUGAUACCAACAGCAAUCCAGCUGUCUCAAGACGAAUCAGUCCUAAAGGAUCCGAAGUCACAUCCCGUGAAGGUGGUGUUGAAGGAUCUUGGGGCUCCUGAAGGCUCGCUGGACACGGAAGUAGUACACGCGAAGUUUUUGGUUGGCUGCGAUGGCGCGCACUCUUGGGUACGCAGACAGUUUGGGAUCACCAUGGAAGGCGAACAGACAGAUUAUAUCUGGGGGGUAUUGGACCUAAUCCCUGACACUGACUUCCCCGAUAUUCGCAACCGGUGUGCCGUUCAUUCACAUAACGGUUCAUGCAUGAUCAUUCCACGGGAGGGCGACCUAGUUCGCCUGUAUGUCCAACUAGCGGACAAGGACGUCCUCGAUGCAAAGGGCAGAGUAGACAAGUCGAGAGUGGGACCAGAAACGAUCAUGGAAGUCGCGAACAAGUCGCUUUAUCCUUACAAGAUGUCGACCUCUCAUCCGAUUGAUUGGUGGACGCUUUACAUCAUUGGACAGCGGGUUGCUAACCAGUACUCUGUUCAUGACCGCGUCCUUAUCGCUGGAGAUGCGUGUCAUACGCAUUCUCCGAAAGCUGGUCAGGGCAUGAACGCUAGCAUGAAUGACACCCACAACCUUGCAUGGAAGCUGACACACGUUCUCCGCGGAUGGGCGGAUCUAUCCAUCCUCAAGACUUAUGAAUUUGAGCGGAGAAAGUACGCUCAAGAUCUCAUCAUGUUCGACAAGAAGUUCGCCGCACUCUUCUCUGGCAAGCCGCGUACGGACGAUAGCGACGACGGCGUGUCUCAUGAAGAGUUCCUGGAGGCAUUUCAGACCUUUGGUCUCUUCACAAGCGGUAUCGGUGUGCACUACCAACCAUCUGCGAUCGUCGACGACAGACAUUCAUCUUACGCAAGCAAGCUCAACGUUGGUCAGCGACUGCCCCCGCAGGUCUUCAUCCGCGCGGCAGACUCGCAGCCCGUACAGAUCCACGACCUGUGCCCGUCCGAUACACGCUUUAAGGUCCUCGUCUUCACUGGCGACACUACGAAUCAGUUGCAGCUGAAGAAUGUGAAGGCGCUGGCAGAAGAGAUGCAGAAGCCGGAACACUUCUACGAGAGAUUCGGGCAUGGUAACAGCAGCGCGGUAUUCGAGUUGCUCGCGAUCAGCUCGGCGGACAAGAUGAUAUCGAACUACACGGAUGCCCCUACCUUCUUCAGGUCUCAUUGGUCGAAGUUCCUACUCGACGAUGAGGACAUGUACAAACGCGCGGGAGGCGGAGGAUACGAUGCAUACGGCGUGGAUCCCAACGGGGCUAUCGUCGUCGUCCGUCCCGAUGGUUACGUGGGUACGGUGGCACCCCUUGGAGGCCUCGAAUACUUGGACAACUACUUUGCCUCCUUCAUGGUGCCAUCCUCCUGA